AGCUAGCUAGCUAGCAGCCUAGCUAGUGCAUGCCUCUCUCGAUCGAUGAUCGUAGUGGGAAGCCAUAGCGAAAAGUUGCAUCUGCAUGCGUGAUGUGAUACGCUGUUUGUACCGGCUGGAGAUGGAGAAAUCACUGAGAGUAGUGUACGGUGGUGUGUGAUCGCUGGUAGCUUUUAACAGGGACAAGCUAGCUAGCGGCUUCCUUCUUCUCUCUCUCUCUCCCGGUUCUCUUUCCUUGACCAACCCCCUUUGUUUGUUUUUCCCUCUCCGAUUUCAGUCUCUCUUUCUCUCUCCACACCUCUCUAGAUGUAGCCCAGCCUAUGGCCUUCGUCUUCUUUUAACCCUGCAUUCCUUUCCAGCCAGACGGUCUUAGCUUUGCCUGUCAUGGGGGUGGUCUGCUAGUAUCGUGCAGAGGCGUAGUGCUUACGGAGAGAGGCGUCAUAUAUAGCCGCCUCUCGCGAGGAGGCGAGAUCGAGCGAGGAGGAUGACGUGGUGCAACGGUUUCAACGACGUCCGCGCCCUCGUGGACAACGGCCUGUCCCCGGCCGUCGCCGUGGCCGCUGCGGGCAAGAAGGCGGCGGCGGCGUCGCUCGCCGUCCUGGUCAAGAUGUGCCCGUCGUGUGGGCACCGCGCGCAGUAUGAACAGGGGACCACCACGAUCCAGGACUUGCCGGGCCUGCCGGCCGGUGUGAAGUUCGAUCCGACGGACCAGGAGCUUCUGGAGCACUUGGAGGGCAAGGCGAGGCCGGACUACCGGAAGCUCCACCCCCUCGUCGACGAGUUCAUCCCCACCAUCGAGGGCGAGAACGGCAUCUGCUACACGCAUCCCGAGAGGCUUCCCGGUUUGAGCAAGGACGGGCUGGUCCGGCACUUCUUCCACCGGCCGUCGAAGGCGUACACGACGGGGACGAGGAAGCGGCGGAAGGUGCACAGCGAAGACGAGGACGGCGGCGAGACGCGGUGGCACAAGACCGGCAAGACGAGGCCGGUGCUGUCCAACGGCAGGCCCCGUGGGUACAAGAAGAUCCUGGUGCUCUACACCAACUACGGCAAGCAGCGCAAGCCCGAGAAGACCAAUUGGGUGAUGCACCAGUACCACCUCGGCUCCGACGAGGAGGAGCGCGACGGCGAGCUCGUCGUCUCCAAGGUCUUCUUCCAGACGCAGCCCAGGCAGUGCGGCUCGACCGCGGCUAAGGAGCCCGCCCUCGCCGCCGCUAACAACAAUGCACUUGCCGGCCAUCAGGGUGGUGGCAUUCUGAGAGGAGCAAGCGCUGUAGAUCAGUUCUACAAUCCAGCAAUGAUACGGUAUGGCCAGGGGAUCCCAAGUAACGGGGCAUCUGCUGCUGCUGCUGCUCACUUCAUGCCAAACUUUGCAGUUCAUGCAGGAAGGGCUAGCUAUGGCCCCUGAAUGAAUCAAUAAUUCAAGACAAAAGAUUAUACUAAAAACUACCAAUUCAUGGGUUAAUUAGGGGUGGAUCAGGUCUCAUCAGGGUGACAGGGGCACUAUCCGUGGCCUGAAAACGACAGCUCAAGUGAAGAUAUUACAUGUUGUGGGUAUAGGAGUAUCGUGCUCGUUGUACUCUAACCUGACAUUCAUUUAUGGAUAUAUUUUUUUUU